UGUGGUCGUUUGGUAUUUCUGUUCCUGCUGUUCACUUGCUGCUGCUGAUACUGUCUUCUGUGUAUUUUCUAUAGAGAUUCAAAUCAUAUUUUAUCCAUCUCAUAAUAAACAUUCUUGCAUUAUUUUCGUGACUACUGUCCUGCAGUGUUGCUUUUACAGUGAAAUCAACCGGAAACGCCGCUUCAAAGUGUGUAAAACGGGAAAACAAAUUCUGGUAAUAAUUAGCAUUUUGAAAAUGGUGACGAAGUUUUUGACAACCGAAAAUCGUCAUUGAAUGGAUCGCCAAACGAAGCGCAUUGAAGGAAAAACGAAAUCUCCACGUGUGCCUGUGUGCGUGGCUGGAUGGGCGAAUGUGUUUGUGCCCUCUGGUGAUGGUGUUGGGUUUACGCGUGUGAAGAUGUCAAGCAAGAAGAAAACGCGACAAUAAAUGGGAAAAAGUUGAAGGUGUUUCAAAAUCAAAACCUUGUCGCGGGGUGUUGUCACAUUGGUAGUCGAAAAAUCAGAUUAAUUUGGCAAUCAUUGUGCACUGAAAGUGAUAGAAACGUGUCGAAAGUUUGCCCACAGAUAAGAGAAACCGCCGAUGGAUGGGAAUAAUCGAAAUUGAUUGGAAUUUUCGCUGUAGUUGAAGCAUUCUGUCCAGCUGCUAGUGUGUGGCGAGAAAAAAAAGUUUGCAAUAUUAUUGGUGUUUCCGAGGAACAAGUGAUUGUUAUUUUUCUUCUCUGCCCGUUUGUAACCUACAUACAUGGUGUGUGCAUUUAUCGUGGAGCAAAGUGCAGAAGUAUGAAAAAGGAAGCUGAUUGCCAUUUAGUAUGAUCGAUUACCUACUUGUUAAGUGGGCCUGAACAAGAUUUAAGGGACGCAAAAGAUCCUUCAAUUCGUCCUACUUUGAGUGCUUACCAACCCCUCCGACUGCUGGAACAGCGUUUCUCUUUCGACGGUGAAAAAAAAUAGUAUUAGUCACUGUGCCCUCGUCCGUCGUCGUUCUACAAAAUCGUACCACAAGAUAAGCUGUGACCACGUGACCGCAUUAUCUCCACGACAGAUUCCCCCCUACAUCACUCCAAUCGCUACAUCGUUAAAUAUUAGCCAUGCGAAUCAGCGGCAUCAUAGGCAACAUUGUCACGUCACAUUGGAUCAGACUGAUGCGAUGAGGUAAUAGAGCAAAUACUUGGCAACUACCGCCCAUCGGUUCACAUACAUAGUGUGGCCAGCGCGCGGUUCAGAAGACUCCGAGCAACGAAACAAAAACACUAAAACAACAAACAGUAAUAGCAAACCUGAAACCUACACCAAACGCGGCACCGUUGUCGGUCGAAAAAUGAUUUCAUUUGAGCAAACUCCACAAUCCAACAACAGAGACGGCAGCGGUAAUCAAAGCGAAACUACACCCAAAUAAACAAAACCUCAACGCAACACAACUGGAUGAAACAAACUGAAAAGUUGGAGUUCAGUUCGGAAGUCAGGACAAGUACGUGCUCCAAAUUAAAUUAAGGUAUCGCCAAGAGGAAAGUACAAAUUUAGUUAGAGAUUCCAAUUUGCGGUUGAAGGCACUAGUGGAUUGACAGAAUGGCACCCAGUCAAAAAGUAACGAAAAAAUGGGAAAUCUUCGCUGGUCGAAACAAGUUUUACUGCGACGGGUACCUGAUGACCGCUCCCAACUCUGGAGUAUUCUAUUUUACAGUAGUGCUCAUCACCGGAACUAGCGGACUUUUUUUCGCAUUUGAUUGUCCCUUUCUGGCAGAGCGGAUAACACCGGCUAUUCCAAUCAUCGGUGGUAUUUUAUUUGUGUUCACGAUGAGCUCUCUCUUCCGCACAUCCUUCAGCGAUCCCGGCAUCAUUCCACGUGCUUCCCAAGACGAAGCCGCCUACAUCGAGAAGCAAAUCGAAGUGCCAAACUCGCUCAACAGCCCGACCUACCGGCCACCACCUCGUACCAAGGAGGUCUUCGUCAAGGGCCAGACGGUGAAGCUGAAAUAUUGCUUUACCUGUAAAAUCUUUCGACCACCGCGAGCUUCGCACUGUAGUUUAUGUGAUAAUUGCGUUGAUCGGUUCGAUCAUCACUGUCCAUGGGUGGGCAACUGCGUGGGAAAACGAAACUACCGUUUCUUCUACAUGUUUAUCGUCUCUCUCGCAUUCUUAGCAGUAUUUAUAUUUUCCUGUACAACAACGCAUAUAGUUUUGUUAUUUAAAGACGAGGAUCAAUUCUUUGACAUUGUCAAAAAGACUCCGUUCAGUGUGAUAAUAGCAGUAAUUUGUUUCUGUUCAGUGUGGUCUGUGAUCGGCCUGGCCGGCUUCCACACCUACUUAACCACCAGCGACCAGACAACGAACGAAGAUAUCAAAGGUUCUUUUACCUCCAAAGGUGGUCAGCAGGCAAUCAAUCCCUAUUCGCAGGGUAACAUUUGCCUGAACUGUUUUCACAUUCUUUGUGGUCCGAUUACUCCAUCGCUAAUUGAUAGGCGAGGGAUAGUGACAGACGAGUACCGAACGCAGAUGCAACCACCCGAUAAAUACAAUAGCGCACCGGUGCCACCGCUGGUCGUGAUGCAACCAGGACUGGAUACACAGAACAAACCGUACAGUUUAGAGACUGAAACUCAAAACUCAAGUGCGGGUGUAUUUCGGCAGCGAAGUUACGAUAACUUACAGAAUGAGAAAUCCAAUAGCAUAGCGCACCUGGUGGAGAAUGAGAUUCCACUGUCCAUCACCGGUAACAUGUCGGGGAUUGAGGAUACCACCGCAACCACCAUAGUCAUGGAUGACGAUACAAUCGUCGAGUUAGAACCACCGAAGAUAGUCAAUUUGAGUGGCAGCUACAAUAACCUGUUCCGGGAGUCUGCCAGUGGGAAACUGGCCACAUCUGCCGAUAGCGAUAAGAUGCAGAAUGUCGAUGAGAUUAUCAAUGCUAGCGAACUCAUGAUGGUGUCCAGUGUCAGCGGACACGAGAAUGUUUACAGCAAUAUUCCCUCAGGAUCGGGCACGAUCGGUAACGGAGUACUGGUGGGGUCACCAAAAAGGGCUAGUUUAAAUAAAGCAGUAGGACAUAUCGGGGACGUUGGUAAGUCUAUUGAUCCCAAUUUGCACGUUUAUUCCAAUAUUGGCAAUGGCAGCCACACUAGCAAUGGAAACGUAGUAAACGGUCAACGGCACAGCGCUUCCAGUGGAACUAACUUCCACCAACUUCCGAAUAGCAAUAGUGUUAAUAACAAUUUUAGUCCGGUAGUCGAUGAUCAGUCGCUGCUAAAUUCCUCAUUCAUCACUAAUGACCUGGACCUGGAUGACCCGGUGAUGACGAGUGCAUUCACAACCAAAUCCACUUCAGCCACGAUACAGUCACCUGGCAGUCUAGUGGACAGUGGUCCAUCGGCGUUAGUUGCAUCUCCUUCGACGCAUAUACCACUUCCGCCGCUCAAAAGCUCUCAGCCAAUAACGGCAAUCGAGAUGAAAAAUGUAAUAAAAACGAUGGAUCCCAGCGUGAUAAUCCAAGCCGCCGGGGGCAGCAAUGGUAACAACAGUAACACCCUAACCACAGUCAGUAAUCAUAGCAGUAGUAGCAACAACAAUAAUAACAUCAGCAGCAGUAGCAUCAAUAACAACGCCAGUAGUAGCAACGGCACUAGUGGGUUCAUUACCAGCUCAAAUCGGUUGCGAUUGCUACAAGAAUCGACAAUGAUCGACACUGCACUGGAUCUAGACAGUCUGGACGGCUCGAUAGGAAACAAUUCCCAAUCCUGCCUGGUGAAGACCGCUAUUGUAUGAUAAGAACUGUUUCCUGCCUCACAUUCUUAAACUGUACGAAACAUCCCUUCCAUUCGUUCUUUGUUCGAAUAUCACGAUACGAGAGCAAACAUCUACUAUUUAUGGAGCCGGUCUUGGAACGGUUGCUCACUGAAACUAUAAUGGGACUAAGUAAACUAUAUAUCUUAAAGAUGAUAGAAAUUCGAUGGCACAAAAUUACCCUAUAAACUGUCUAUAUUCCACUCGAGAAGUGGAACAAAAAAUAGCAAAAUUCUACCUUAGAUGGUAUGCAAGUGAUAGCACAGGCGGCACUCUUGAUAAAAUGAUAGAAUGCUUCUGCAUUGGUCGAACUAUUGACUAUUGUACAGACGUAUAAUUAUGUAUGUAAUUCGAAUGACGAUGAUAGAGAAUGUACGCUGGUGUAGCGAGUGAGAUUCAGUAGCGUAAAACAGAUUUUUAUGUACAUAUUCAAAGUUUUUUUUUGUGAGUAACAAGGAACAAGAGAGAGAGAAAAAAGAGAGAAAGAGCACAACUGAUGAAUAAGUCGCAUUGUUAAUGUUAAUAGAUAUGGAUGUCAAACAAAAAACUGGGAGAUUGCAAAAUUACGUAAUAAAUUGCAAUUUAAUUUUCAAAGAUAA